UCAAUAGCUCUUAUUGGACAACAGCAACGAAUCGACGAUGUCAUGAAUCAUUUCAUCUUAGCUUAGCCGGCGCGCAGUAAUCACUCGUGUGUGAUACAGCUUCCAAAUCGCUCGCGCUGAGCGUACUUAAAUUCCUUUGAGUGCUUCAAGUAGUGUGCGUUCAAGACACAACCUGAUGUCAGACCAGUUUUGACUUCCAACUCGUAUCACUUCAAUCUCUUCAGGACGACAACAACGCGCCUGCGAAACUCAAGUUCUACAUUGCCAAUUCACUUUCGUAGUUACUUAGGUCUCUCUAGUGCUACUAGGAUCAUCUCCGCGCAUAUCCACGACUACAAUGGGUCCAACAGAUCACUCCGAUACGUUGCGUUUAGAAUUAUUUCCAAACGACAUACUUUUGCAAAUAUCCCAUUCCUUUACCCCAAUUCCCGGUUUAUACGCUUCCAUUGUAGCCGAGGCAACCCGAAGAUCUGAAAAUGCAGAAAGAAAACGGACUCUACGUUCGUUGACUUCAACUUGUCGGAAGUUCUAUAGCCUUUUCCAACCAAUUCUCUAUCGAUCAUUCAUCCAGACGCCAGGAGAUACCAAGUCGGCCCGCUUGCUCGUACGUACACUGGUGGACCAACCCGAUUUGACCAAGUAUAUUCGAUAUGUGGAGACUGCAUAUACCAAAAUCGAUCUACAAUGCAUAAACCCAAGAUCUAUCUCUGUUCCUACGAUGGAGGCAGCUCCAUUUGAUCAAGCUACUCAUGAUCAAUGGCAAGACUUUCAAUAUCACUUCUCAACAAUCCAAUGGCAACCUACUCUCAAACACGCCAAGCCUCUCGAGUGGUUUCAUUAUGAAUAUGCUUUCGGCAGGGCAUGGGUUGGCCGAGAGCCGGAGGCCUACGUUGCCUUCAUUAUGGCCAUUACUCCGAAUCUCAGUGAAGUCGCCAUUUUCGACCUACAUAUCCUCUACACUACUACACUAGCGUCUAGAGCUUACCAGAACAUCCAUGGCUUGCGAAGACUCUGGCUCGAGCAAAGGGCGUCGGUCCGCAACCCUUACUCAGGAGUACCGCUUAAAGUGACCUCCGUUGUCAGUCAAGCUAUUCGAGUAGCGUUUCCUGUUUCAGAGCAUCUGACGUUGAUCAAUGCUUAUUCUUACCUUAUUCCCGCAAUGUACGAUCCGAUUCCUAAUGCUUGGUUCUGGGGACCAGACGCGCAUGGGUUGAUUGAUCUGACUUUCGACGCAUGCGAAAUUUCACCAGCUCAUCUGCACGACUUGCUUUCGAAAUACACUUCACUUGAACGUUUUACCUGUCGCUGGGGUGUUUGCCUCCAAGAUGUUGACUGCUUGUUUCCGCAGACGAUCGACCUGUCCUUACUAAAAUCGACACUGUCGAUGAGCAGAGACACGCUCGAGUAUCUCACUCUCGACACACACAACGCAGGUCAGAAGACGCUUUCAAACCAAACAAUACUCGGAAUUGGUUCGCUUGUUUGCUUUUCUGUUUUGAAGUAUCUAGAGGUAUGCGAUGUUGUGCUAUGGGGACACAACAAUGGAGACAACAUUCAAUUGCCUCUUCCUGAGCACCUUCCAGGGUCGUUAGAAAUAUUGGUAUUCAGGAGCAAGUGGACUACUGCGAUAGAGCAGCUUUUGCUUGACAUUUGUAAAAAGAAGAGUGACUUGUUACCUAAAUUGAGGCUUAUUGACUGCUCAUGGGUGCUAGUAUCUCGAACCGAGUCGACGGACAUAGUAGCUAAGCAAUUUGAAGACGCAAGCAUUGAGCUCCGGUGAUGAGCGCUUUCAGGUUUCUCAUUAUCCUUAUACUAAACGCACUCACAGAGAUUACCUCGUUCGUUGCCUCUGCUAACUCAUUAAACUCUGUCCAACUACCUCUAUCGCCAUCGCGCUCGCACCUUAGCGUCUUGCUAAACCCAUCAUAUCAGAUGUACUAAGAGGUGUGUGCGUCGCGCUAAUAGUACUGACUCUUUUAAUAAGUGGCUUUUAGCUUGUUAGUACUCCAUCUGCCUGUACCUAUAACCGAGCUGCUGUUAGCGGGUACAUUUUUUUACUACGCAUACUACUAGAAGCACUUAA